AUGUGUCAAAGUGUGUUAAAGUGGCUAGCAAUAGAGGGAAACUCACGCUGGCUGCUCAUUUUCGACAACAUCGACCAAUACUUCUCCUUCAAUGGCCCCAUUGGUGAUGCAUAUGAUAUUGCUGAAUUAUUCCCUAGAGCCGGCCAUGGCUCUAUUCUCAUUGCCUCUCGGCUGCAAAGGUUGACGGAGCUGGGAAAUUUAAUUUCUAUCCAUAGACAAAACUUGAAGGAUGCGAUCCAACUACUCUUACAAUGCAUCCAUCUAUCAGUGAAGAAUACAGUUAAAGAGCCUGAGAGCAACGCAGGUGUUAAGGGACUCAGUACUCGAAUCUUAUUUAUGAUACUGAUAUAUGUAGAUACCGUUGCUCUUGCGAGCCGUCUAGAUGGACUUCCAUUGGCAAUCGUCAUCGCCGGGGCGUUUAUGCGUGAAACUGGAACCAGCAUCACUGAGUACUUGCAGUAUUACCAGGCAUCUUGGUCCGACCUACAGCUGCAAUUGAAUCCUGAACGCCAGUAUCAGCAAGGCAAUAUGCUUCAAACAUUGAUGAUCUCAUAUCGUGAGAUUCAGAAGCGGGACGCGCACGCAGCGGAACUGCUACUGUUCCUUGCUCGUUUCGAUAAUCGAGAUAUCUGGUUUGAACUAAUAAAAAGCAGCUAUCAUAGCUCAAACCUCCCCAUUUGGCUCGAAAGUACUACAUCAAGCGGACUCGCGUUCAAAAUCAGUAUCAAGACUCUCAUCGGGUUCUCUCUACUUGAGAUUAAGGAACAAGAGGGAGACUAUGCUAUGCACCCAGUGGUACAAGGCUGGUGCAUUCACCUUGCUAGCAAAGACAAAAGUGUGAAUUCCAUCCAGCUCAAUGAACUGGCACUUGUAUCUGUUGGGUACACUGUCCCUAGUGCAAGUGUCAGAAAUUAUUCCGAGCUUCAGCAACGGCUUAUUCCACACGCGAAUUAUGCACGUCAUGGGAAUUGGUCAGGCCAUAAUAUUGCGGAUUGGGGAGCAUUCCAUGGUUUAGGAGACCUCUACAAAUAUUAG